GCUCUCUUUCUCACCACAAGCGGUGCACACUUCGUUACCGCUAAUGGCAGACAAGUCUCAAUCACUGAAGACUAAUUCCCAUGGUGCCACAACGAAGGUUAGCAAGGAGAUCUCAUCAAGCGAGAAGUCGGGUGAUUCUAGGAAUCCAACAGCGCUAAAGAAAACACGAAAAACACAGAAAGAGACAGUAAUUAGUAAAACCAUUGAAGAAGCCAAAUCACUUUUAGGUAACGACUUGAAGCUUGCGGACGCAGAAGCCGGUCGAGCUCUUCGAGUGCGCCCAAAACGCGUGCAUCAUACUUCGCCAGGCCGAAGUCGGAAGCCUCCAACAAAACGUGGCAACUCCAAAAUCACUAAAAAAGUUCCAAGUGGACCAACCGGUGAUUCCGCCCCCAACUAGAGAACCUCGCGCCUCUGUUCAGGAUCAUAGUUGUUCGUUUCUUAUGUUUUUGUCGUCCUUCGCGUAUUUCCCUUAUCGAUACUCGGGUUCAAAGCAACCCAUUUUGUAAUCCCUCCAACUUUCUAUCCAUCACCUCAUGUUGGUUUUUAUGGACAUUUCACCCCCGUGCGUAUCGUAUUCACUAAUAUAGCACUUUUGGCGGCUCA